AGACGACGUCAGCGCGGUCAGCCGCGGGACAGCCCCGAGGGGCAGGAGGGAGGAGGCCACACCGCCAAUCCCGCGCGUCUACGCUCUGCACCGCCGACUCUGCGCGUCUAGGUAUAACUCGUGCGUCGUGACCGUUGGAGAGCGUCCGGACGGGGCCUACCGGCGGUGAAUAUCGGAAUCACAGCCUUUCAAGUGAAAUCUGUUUAGUGGAAAAUUCGAAUCCUAUCGCGACGUCGUGUCGUCACGUUCCUACAACAUCAUCAGCCUACAGAUUUCGCGUAAGGUAGCAUAGAUAAGCGUUUCAUGACGUUGUCGAGGCCACUUAUCGGAGCUGCUGAACUACGCUUGUUCAAGUACCGAAAUGACAGUAAUACUAGGAGGCGGUAUAUCGGGCCUGUCGGCAGCGUACUACGCUGUCAACGAAGCGAGACUCUCGUCUGUCAUUUUACUGGAGGCUUCCAGCCGCUUGGGUGGAUGGAUACGCAGCAAGAGCUCGCCGAGCGGGGCGAUCUUCGAGCAGGGGCCGAGAACCAUAAGACCAUUCGACAUAGCUGGGGAAAACACCCUUAAUCUGAUAGAGGAUCUGCAAUUGAACGACAAAUUAAUUUCUAUUAAUGUAAGCCACCCUGUGGCGGCGAAUCGAUUGAUAUACAUGGACGGGGCACUGCAUCGUCUGCCAAAUUCCCUCAAGACCCUCUUCAAGACGCCGUCGCUGCUAGAUCGUCCCUUGAUAAGUCACAUAUGGAGGGAUCUGAGCGCUCCCAGAGUGUCCAAGGAGGACGAGAGCGUUUAUAGCUUCGUCCAGAGGCGAUUGGGCCAGGAUAUCGCGGAUAAUAUGAUCAGCCCCCUCAUCUGUGGCAUCUAUGCGGGGGAUGCGCGCGAGAUAAGCGUCAAGUCGGUGGCCAUGUUCAAGUCGAUGUUCGAGGCGGAACAGAAACACGGCUCCAUAGUGAAAGGCAUGUUGACCAAGCAAUUGAAAAAGUUGUCUUCGAAAUCACAGGACAGGAAUAACGAGACAAAAGGUGACGCAGGCGACAAGUCCGCGGUUGAAUCCUUGACUUUAGCAGAGAGAGCGCGAAUGGAGCACUGGGUACUCUGGGGCUUGCAGGGAGGACUCGAGCAGUUACCUCGAGCACUGGCGGAGAAUAUAAAGGGACGAGGAGUGAAGGUACAGACCGAGAAGAGGUGUGACAAACUCACGUUUAAAUCAGAUCGCGUAGAAUUGUUGGUUAAUGGCGAGCCUCAGGAAUGCUCGCGCGUUAUCUCGAGCUUGAGUGCGAAGGACUUGGCUGAGCUGUUGCGGGAGCAACAUCCCGCGCUGUCGGCGGAACUGAAAGCGAUACCUACCGUGACGAUGGGAAUAGUUAAUCUUGAAUUUGAGGGAAACGUGCUGCCACUGCAAGCGACGGGCUUCCUCGUACCACCGAAGGAGAAUUUACCUCUGCUAGGUGUAUUCUUUGACUCCUGCCUAUUCCCCGGGUCUUCCACGGUGCUGACGAUAAUGAUGGGAGGCCUGUGGUUCGAGAAAUAUUUCGGGCCAGAUCCGCCGACGGAGCAAUUGCUAACGACGGCGAUCGAUCACACGAAGAAUAUCUUACAAAUCGAAGAGGAACCAAUCGCGCACAACGUCGCCGUUCUGAGGGACUGUAUUCCGCAGCACGUCGUCGGUCAUGACGCGCGUGUAAAACGCAUCCACGAUUACAUUUCCGCGCACCAUAUUCCCCUGGCACUGUGCGGUUCUUCUUAUCAGGGUGUCGGAGUCAUUGACGUUAUUCUGUCAGCAAAACAGGCUGUUCGUGACGUUGCAAAAUAAUUGGCAGUAUUACUCGAUUCGUGUAAAACCGUACGAGAGUAACAGUAUACAAGAUAACUAAAAUUACAUGCAAACGCUGUACAUGCUGAGUCACAAGCCAUGCAAAAAAAUCCUGUUGCAAAGUUAAAAUAAAAAUUUAACCGAUCACUGGAUGAGGCAUUGUCCACAAUUUCAAUGAUAACAACAGUACAUAUUUUGCUACGUGAAAAUACGACAUACUAAAGUGGAGAAGCAAAAUGUACUUUGCGCAGAGUUGUAUUUAUAUUAAACGAACAGUGUACAGUUUGCUGUGAAAUAUAAAUGUUAUUUUAUUAAAAAUAU